AUGACUAGGUCCCGAAACAUUCCCAUUCUCGCCUACCUUGCUAGAGGAUGUAACACCAGUAGUCCGGGUAUCACAUCCAGGCGACUUAUCGCUAGGCUUGGAGGUGCACAUGGAGGAAUCUUGCCGAUCCAGGCCGCUGGCGAUUUAGGUCGCCAGUCCAGGGGACCAGCAGCUGUGGGGGUUUCUCGGUCCCUCUUAUAUAUCGACGAAACCUAA